GAGGGGGGGGAGGUGGGGGCAAAAAAACUCACACGCACGCACACACGCACACGUGAAAACGUAAAAGUUCAUCGGCAUGGGAAAGGAGGAGGAGAAGAAAGCCCAGAAAGGCACGUCCCUGAGUAACCAGAGCCAGCCAGGGAAGGGAAGCGAAGGGGGGAAAAGCGCCGGCUCGAGCAAGACGCAGGACUCCGCGAUGAAGAGGAAGAAGCAGAAGAAAACGAAGGGGGAUCCCAAACCCGGCCAGGAGGAGGAAUCCCGCACUUGUUGUGGCUGCCGUUUCCCGCUGCUCUUUGCUUUGCUGCAGCUGGCGUUAGGCACCUCUGUAACAGUGCUGGGCUUCCUUAUGGCAGGCAUCAGUUCCUCUCUGCUAGUCAGAGACACUCCAUAUUGGGCUGGGAUAAUUGUCUGUGUGGUGUCCUUAGUGGGAUUUGUUAUGCUUUGUAUUUCAUACCAACCUGAUGAGAAGACAUGUGUACAGUUCACAGUAAAGCUGAUGUAUUUUCUCCUGAGUGCCCUGGGUCUGGUUGCCUGCGUUUUGGCAGUGGCUUUUGCUGCACACCAUUAUUUGCAGAUGACAAAAUUUACCUGUGAUACCAUCCUUGAUUCCUGCCAGUGCAAACUGGACACUGCAGACCCCCUCGGCAGGACCUUCAUCUACCGGGACGCAGCUGACUGUGGCAGCCUCACCAGCAUGCUCAACCUGUACUUACUUCUGCAGAUGGGUCUCAAUCUGAUCACUGCCCUGGUGUGCCUAUCAGCAUGUUUUGUGAUGUGGAAACACAGAUACCAGGUCUUCUAUGUGGGUGUUCGGUUCUACCCCUUAACACCUGCUGAGGGCCAGCAACAGAAAGUAUAGGGGCUGGGCUGGUGACGGGUCAUAGCCAGGGAAUGGAAAAUGUCAGCAUACUGCCACCAUAGACACCAAGGAUGGAUGAGGUUUUUGACAAGGAAAACCAUUCACACAGUUUUAAUGAAUAUGUUUUUCAAUCAUUUUAAGAGCAUUUCUCUUGCAAAAGGACUCUCGUGAGAUUAUGUAGCCAUCACAAAGUCCUAAAGAUGCAGCCAUACAAAUACUCGUCGAAGAGGAUCUUUAAUAGCCAUAAACAAAAUGAGAACUUAACAAAUCAUCGGGAAAACAUCCGCAGGGGUACAGACAUUAAGAAAUAGGGUCCCUUUCCUUCACUGGUAGAUAUCUGUGCUUUAUCGAUUUCUACCAGGUAAGGAUCUGGUCCAAACUGCUUAAUUAUAAUUAUGCUGAUCAUGCUUAGUGAAUGUAUUGUCUCUCAGAAGCUCUGGGUAUAAUCCAUGCUAACCCGAUGGGGAUUUACCAUAUGGAAAGGUAAUAAGGGAGGUCAAAACCUCUUCAAAUGCAGGUUGAGACCAACAGCAAAGUGAGCAUAUUGAUGACUGCCAUAUAAAAUAUACAUAAGAAUUUUCAGAGUGACUAAUUAUAGAGGUUACCUAAUCCAAUUACUAAUACACAACAAUAUGAGUGGGUUGACUACUGGUGAUUUGAUGGGUCAUGCUUGGGACCCCAGACACAUUUCUGAAGUAUCAGUGCUUGGCACUUUGUAAGAACAGAUCAAUUUAAGAAACUGUGAGUUGUGGAGGACCCUAAAUCACCAGUCCCAUUAAAAAUCAUGUUGACAUUACUGUAAUUGCAGGCUCUCAAACCCGGCAUCUAGCCAGUUCCACCAAUUAUACUCCAAGCACAAAAGGCCAAAUGCAUUUUUGGUGUAACUCCUCUGAAGACAAUCAGCCUUACACACCAGCAGUGGAGUUGGGCCAACAGCCCUGAAAGAUACAUCUCUGCAACAAUGAAUGUUUUUAAAAUGGGGUGGAGGGAGGAAAGCUGUAACAGACUGCCCGUCUCGCAAAGACGUAGUUUAUACUGAUGAGGGCAAAAGAAUAACUAUUUCUUAAUAAGCAGCACAGAAUAACAAACCACAUUCAAACAGUGCUUUUUCACCCUGAAAGUGUGUCUCUAGUAGUACUUCAGGUCUUACUGUCCUUAUACUAGGACAAGUAUGUCAGUUUGUCCUUCCAACUGUCAUUUCCACUUGUGCAGCAUGGAUUUCUAAAUGUAGGAGCAAUUCUGAAUUGGCAGCAUUUUGCACUGCCUGCAGAACUAUCUGUGCAAGGGCAGGGCAGCUGGUGCUCACGCCCUGCUAUGACUAGGGAUUUCCCUAUCCUGGCCAGAGCAAGGGUGUCUCUGAGGUGGGGUGGAGCAAACACAUACCAGAAAAACUGUACCAUGAUCACUAGGAAGGAGGAAGCAAAUAAUAUUUCCAUAAGGCUUCAGAGAAGCAAAAAACUUUCUGCAGCAAAAAUAGCCACCAAGAACUGAAAAACCCAGUCUGUCAAAAAACCUAGUUGUCUAAGUAGCUCAAAUACCACCCAAAAAAUGCCUUCUAUCUGGUGAUGACACAUCAUGCCAGGGCUAGACCAGCAUACCUCCAGGGUGAGAAGAUCACAGUCAAGUCUCCUAUGGCCGAUCUAGAGCAUGGCUCGGUGUACGUGCUUUAGUUUUUGUCAUGGAAAGUGCUUCUAGAGUAGACGUAGCAUCACCAAGCUGCUCUCUGCCAAGCUGCCAUGUAAGGAGCUUCAGAAAAUGAAGGUUUUUGAGACCAGCUUCCAAAUGGCCUUUUUUAUGCAGCUAAAAAUAACAGUCACUAGUAAGCGUGGCUGUGGGGCACAUUUGCUAGGGGGCCCUUUCUCUUGCCUACGUGUUGCCAGCCAUGUGAAGGCCUGAGCCUGGCUCCCAGGCACGCCUGGAGCAAGCUGAAAGAGCAGUGGGGUGUGCAGGCGGGUUGGCAAUGUAAGGCCCAGCUGUUGGCAUCAGCAAUGCCUUCCAGGAACCAUCCUGUCUCACCCGACUCCAGCGCAGCACGCGGCGAGCAGCGCUGGUGGCCCUGCGCCUGGGCAGCCUCCUGUGUGAGACAGAUACAUAGGAGUGCGCCUCACCUACUGCUUGUACCCAGGUUUCACCUCCAGCCCUCACACAGUUCCAUCUCUGUUCUCUGUGGAAGCCAAGACAAGUCAAAGGAUAUAUCUUUCUCUCUCGUACACGACCCUUGUCACACCCACUCCUCCCUCAGGCCAAAAAUGUGGGCUCUCCUCUCCACAAAGAAGAUAACAAGAAGCAGGAAAGAGAUGGAGGGGAUGCUGAAUGACAGCUGAGCUUUGGGGCUUCCUCGCACCCUUGUCACCAGGCUGGCAGAAGAAGAGGAAGGCUCUGCUGGCGGAGGAGGGCAUGCUUCCCACCCUGCCCUUUACCGAAUGUCACUGCUGUUCAGAAGAUAACUUGGCCUGCAGCACCCUAGCUUAGGCUGUGCUGCAGGCAGGCUGGCAGCAGGGAGCUGUUGUGGGACAUGGCUGGCUGGCCCUGGCCAAGCAGCAUUUCCACCAGAGCCAGACUUUUGACUCCUUAAUCCUUUGACUUCAGUGUCACCAACAUAUUUUCACUCCCUAUCACCUCCCAGGCAUGAGGCUCCUGGAGGCCAGGCCCUGAUAGGUGAGGCUUGGCUCACAGUUUCCUGACCUCUGCCUACUCCCCCCUGGGCUUAAACUUGCUGGGACUCCUGUAGAGCACAAAAGACAUGGUGGUGAUGAUCACAGAGUCACUGCAAAUGCCUUCAGUGGGGUGACAGGAAAGAGAAGGGAGAUGAGGAGAUGAGACCCUGCUCUGCUCAGCAAGCUGUGCACCUCUGUAACAGCCCACCCUCUGCUUCGACCCACUGCCCCCAAGUUUGGUUAGCUGAUCAACACCUUGUGGCUUUAGCCCUUUGCUCUGGAAGAAAGUAAUAUUCAUCAUAUAUUCUGUUGGUGUUUUAAUGCUUCAUGAAUAAAUAUGGGACGUUUUGAUCUAUCAAAGACUAA